AUGGCGAAAAAGAGAAAAGCAGCCGGCCAACCUGCCAAUGCGGAGAUCGACGAUGGAUUCGAGAAGAAAGGUGGCAAGAUGGGCCCUAUUACCACCUUCGAGGACGUCGCCGACUCUGAGGAUGAAUUCCACAUCAAUCGCGACAAGGUCCUGCUCGAUGACGGCCCGGAUGCGAAGAGGCGGAGGAAAUACGCCGCUGAAGAUGCUGAACUCGAGCCCUCGGACGAGGAAAUCUUAGGAUACUCCUCCGAAAGCGAAGAGGAGCAGUUCGAGGCACCCAAAGGCCGCGGGAAAGGCAAGGUCAUCUUGUCUGAUGACGAGGAGCCGCAGGCUGAGGAAGAUGAGGACGCUGAAGGCUGGGGCACGUCGCGGAAGGACUACUACGAUAAUGAUGGGAUUCAGACCGAGGCGGAUGCGCUCGAGGAAGAGGCGGAGGCAAAGCGAUUACAGCAGAAGAAGCUCCAGAAGAUGUCUGAUGCCGACUUUGGGUUUGACGAGAGCGAAUGGCUGGAUGCCGCGGGGGAGGAUGACGAUAGAGAGGUGGUUACGGAGGUGUUGAAGGAUAUUGAGAUCACGCCGGACAUGGACCCGAAGGAGCGAUUGCGAAUUUUGCAGACGCGAUACCCAGAGUUUGAUCACCUUGCCAAUGAGUUAUUGCAGUUACAACCGGUCCUGGUAGAUCUGCAACAGCAGGUUACGUCUGAAGGAGCUUCUAAUUCGGCACGAACCUCGUUCACGGUUGCCAAGUCGCGAGCUUUGGCUGCGUAUUUGGCAGCUUUGACAAUGUACUUUGCCAUCCUCACAGCGCCUGCAAAGGGCCUCAAAUCGGAAGGAAAGGCUCUGGACCCGGCAGAAAUACGAGAUCACGCAGUCAUGGAUAGCAUAUUACAAUGUCGAGAGCUAUGGUCGAAGGUCAGAUUGCUGAAGGCUCCCGAACCGACCGAAGAUGCCUCCGAGUACGAGUCUGCCGACGAAACCCAGGAACCAGAACCUACCUCCAAGUCCGACAAACCGUCCAAGAAGAGCAAGAAAGAGCGUGCGCGCCUGGCCGCGGCUGAGGAAGCAGCUGCUCUCCGCGCCCAACGUCUCGAAGAGGCCGAAGACGAGCUUGCGGAUCUUGCAGCUCUCGUUCCCAAAUCUCGGAAAUCGAGCCAGAGACCCAAGGCAGUCAUUGUCGCAGACGAUGACUCGGACUUUGGCGAGGAGGAGACGAUGGAUGCCAAGUCUGCCGAGGAGAAGGCGAACAGGAAGAAGAGCCUCCGCUUCUAUACUUCACAGAUCACCCAGAAGGCCAACAAACGCGCCGGAGCUGGACGUGACGCGGGUGGUGAUGCGGAUCUGCCGCACAAAGAGCGCCUGCGGGACCGUCAGGCUAGGCUGAACGCCGAAGCCGAGAAGCGCGGCAAGAAACUGGACGAGUACGGCCGUGGCGGUGGUGGUGCUGACCUCGGCGGGGAGAGCGACAGCGGCGAAGAUGCCGUCGCUGAGAAGGUCCGCGACGCCGAGGACGAGUACUACGACAUGGUGGCCCAGGCAUCCCGGAAAAAGAAGCUGACGAAAGAGAUGCGGCUGGCGGCGGAGAAGCAGGCCCAGGCGGAAGGCCGCCUUACGCGCGUGGUGGAGGGCGAGCCGGACGACGAGGCGGAUGGUGGCGGCAGCAAGCGGGCCAUCGGCUACGUGAUUGAGAAGAACAAGGGGCUGGCGCCGAAGCGCAAGAAGGAGGUGCGCAACCCGCGCGUCAAGAAGCGGAUGAAGUACGAAGAGAAGAAGAAGAAGCUGGCGAGCACGAGGGCCGUCUACAAGGGUGGCGAGGAGCGCGGCGGCUACGGCGGCGAGAAGACGGGUAUCAAGGCGGGGCUUGUCAAGAGUAUCAAGCUUGGCUAG